AUGUAAACCCAUCAAUUCAAACAUAAUACUCCGUACUAGUAAAAUUGACUGCAAAAAUGGCAGUGCUUCCUCUUCAAUCCUCUUGCUUCACCAAUAAACCUCAUCUCCUGCUCUUCAAAACUCAUCCCACCAAACCCAGAUUCACCAUCACUUCCCUUGAUUCAUCAUCAUCAUCGUCACAAUCUGCAAAACCCACAAUUAAUAAUGACCCAAUUGAGCAAUCUUCAGACAAAAAACCCAUUUCAUCAACCGGGCAAGGGUUUGGGCCAGUCCAGACACCAAAACCGUCACCGGCAACCGGGAAGAAGAAGGGGAAGAGGGAGAGAGCGUCAAUUAUACGCCGGAAUCCUGUCGAAAAACCGGCUUUUCUGGAUAAGAAUGGUGGGGCAGAGGAAGGUCAGCAGCAGGGUGAGAACGAAAGGGCUUUCUUGCUUACUUGGUUGGGACUUGGUGGUGUCAUUUUUGUUCAGGGGAUUACUCUUUCUGUCUCAGGAUUUCUUCCAGAAGAGUGGGAUAAGUUCUUGGUAAAGUUUCUGUACCCAACUUUCACCCCCACGGUGGUCUUGUUUGUUGCGGGAACAGUUGUAUAUGGUGUUUCGAAGUACCUGCAGAAUGAAAACGCAGGAAAACCAAAAUGAUGGUUUUCUUAAUCAGAGCCACUUGCACAAUUGGUAUAAGCCUCCUGUUCUUAGCACUUCCACUGAUGCUGGAUUGAAUAUAUGUUAUUGCCAUUACAUCCAGUUAAAGGAGAUUGUGUUUGACUCAGAUCUUGCACUUUGCUGGGUAUAGGAUAGAGGGUUUCGUUAUUCGUGUUCCUAUUGUUCAGUGUAUGUAAUUCUAUGUUUAUGGAAAUUGAGUUGGUGAAUUAGAUGUAUAUUCAGUUCUACUGAUUAUAAACACUGCCAUGUUUAACAUUUCUGAUAAUGUAAGCAACUGCAGAUUUGUUUAUGAUAAUGGUUAAUGAGUCUUCGUCAUCUUUCAAA